ACAGUGGACACAGCACAGCAAUCGCAGCCCCUCCCACGCGUCUCAAAGCUGAUUUAUUGAACCUUAACCUCCUCCUUGGAGUACACAGCAUCGCUGGUCCUGCACCUCCGCGGCAGCCGGCAUUUCGCAAGAAUUGAUGGGGUGCAAAUCGUGCCAGAAGCCCAAGGCGCAGCACCGGAAGGGUCUGUGGUCGCCGGAGGAGGACCAGAAGCUCCGCGACUACAUCGUCCGCUACGGCCACAGCUGCUGGAGCACCGUCCCAGUCAAGGCCGGACUUCAGAGGAACGGAAAGAGCUGCAGGCUGCGAUGGAUCAACUACCUAAGGCCGGGGCUGAAGCACGGCAUGUUCUCCCAGGCGGAAGAAGAGACCGUCAUGAGCCUCCAUGCCACACUCGGCAACAAGUGGUCUCGCAUAGCGCAGCACCUGCCGGGCCGGACGGAUAACGAGGUGAAGAACUACUGGAACUCGUACCUGAAGAAGCGCGUCGAGGGCGCGCGGGCACCAGCCAAGUCCGCCGGCUCCGACGCGCCCCGGAGCCCGACGCCCAGCGACAGCGGCCGCGAACGCAGCACCGUUAACCAGCUGUCCAACUCCGGCUCGUCGGGCCCGCCUGAGUCGUCGUCGACGGCCGACGACUCGAGCAGCCUCACCGGGCCCGGCGCGGCCGCCUUGAUCCGGCCGCACGCCCCCGUGCUCCCCAAGGUCAUGUUCGCGGACUGGCUCGACAUGGACAUGGAAUACGGCACCAGCCUGCUGCGGCCGAGCGCCCUGGACACGGCCUUCGACUGCAGCCAGGCGCAGCAGGGCGCGAGCAACACGGUAGACGGUCGUUGCGGCACCGUGGACUCGUUGCACGGGCUCAGCGAUGGCGGCAUCUGUUGGGAGUUCGAGGCGGACACGCAGGGCGGAGCAGGGUUCUGCGACCUGCUCUCCAUGAGCGAGUUCCUCGGGAUCAACUAGGCGACCCCUCCCGAACAGGGCAAUGGUGUGCCGCCGUCGCUGCCUCUCUAGCCAGUCAUGGUUGGUCACUGACAAGAAGUUCUCAAUGCCACGAUUCAGUCGGACCAGCACCGUGGAAAAGAAAUCGUUGAAGGCGUUGUUGCCGGAAGACCCACAUAUCCAAGAUCUCAACCUUAAAAAGAAAAACUCACAUGCCUUACGACCACACCGGAGGCAGCAUAAAUUUUUGAAACAAAAGGGGUUUCCCUCCACCCCAACUUUAUAGAAAGCCAAGGCAAGCAACAACCAGGCAGGACUGUUAACAGCGCUCGGCGACACCAGAGAGUAGUUGCCACAGAUAGGAAAGGGUUUUAAAGACUACCCUAUUACAAGUUCUUGGGUAGUUCAUACCAAUAGACAUAAUCAGGGAGCAACCCGCUAGCUAACAUGAAGAUCAAAGCCAAUAAACUAGCAGCGACUACAUCCCAGCGACGUCCUAUUGAAGGGAUGCACUAUUAUCUCCACGCAAUUCUAAGCAAUUCCCCUCUUCGGUGGUCCAAAAGCCUUAAGCACCGGAGAAGUAGCGCACCCUUAGCUUCUGAGCAUAAUAUUUUCCAUUUCUUGAUCGUCGCCCCCAACAGGUCCAAGACACACCGUAUACUUCGCCAUCUUCGCCCCUGGAAAACAAAAUCAUUUCGAAAACGCCAUAAGCUCCAUAAGGCAGCAGCAGUAACAAUGUUCAGGGCUUCAAAAUGUUUUCUUCUCUUCCAGAAAGAAGUCAAUCGAUCAAAGAAUUAGGAACAUCAA